GUUUCUCACAAUGGCACCUCCGAAAAUAUCUUUGGCCGUACGAUGAGACUGCUUCAGACCAGACGAGCGGCACCCACCAAAGAGCCGACAAAGACACCAGCUUCUAGUACAAAGAAGAGUAGUACCGGUAGUAGGCUCGCAGCAAAGUCCUUGAAGGAGGGAGGGCUUGGUGGCAAAAAGGGCGACUUUCUCGUGGGGCUUGGAAUCGGCUUGUUGGUGUUUCUAUCUCUCUCCUUUGGAUCGUCUCCAACAACCACUACCACUGCCACUGCAGCAGGCUCAUCCAAGGCUGCGUCAACCACACAGGUUCCCGCGACUGUGAAUCCUCCCAUCAGGGCUGCUACCUCAUCUACUUCUACCACAUCGACUACUACUGCUGCUACCCCAAAGACCAUCUCCAACAGUUCCCCCAACGAUGGUCUUUCGGUAGGACUAACGGUCAAUCACUGCAGUGAGAAAUCCAACGAAAUGGGAUGGAUCGAAGAAGUUCCACCUCAUUGGCAUUUUGUGAUUUACGAACUGUGUGGGCGAAAACAAUUUGGAGCCUCCAAGCGUUGGAAAAGCGAUGGCAAUGACGAAUGCACGGGAUUUGUGCAAACCAUUAUUGACCAAUACGACAAUCUCCCGGAUGUCACCAUUUUUCUACAACAAGAUGCGUUUAUUGGAUAUGGCGCCGGUGCGGCAUCCAAGACGUACCAGAAUCAGCGGACUCCGUUCAAGAGUCUUCAGGAACUCUUCGAUGCCACACUGAAGCAUUCUCGCACGUGGAAGGAACCGGCAUUUCUGCAUUACGGCAGGGGCGCUCUCACAUUGGAAAAUGUCAAUGCCAAGGACCCUUUUAACCUCUACAAUACCCGCGAGGUUCUGGAUAUUUUUCAAAUUCCCUAUUUGAAAAACCACGAACGCAUCCAGGCAGACGAUGCCACUCAUACCAAAACAAAAGCAGGACACUAUUUUGCCGUCUCGCGAGACUCGAUUCGAUCGCGGCCAUUGGAACACUACAAAGCAUUGUUAGCGAGUGUCUCGAAAGUGGUAGCGGAAAACCGGAACGAUGGAAAUGCCGGUCGUCGACGCUGUUGUGCCUUGGAAAAUCUCUGGCAUGUCAUUUUUGGUCAGCCGCUGGAGCUGCCGUCGCAAAACACGGUAGAUCGGCUGUGGUCGGACGUGCACAAUUAUUACAGUGGCACGUGGGGGGAAGAACUGGAGCGACGACAACAAAGACAACAACAAUAACAAGCGUCGUAGCGACGGGAGCGAAGCCAUGAAAUGCAAUGCAAUCUACGUGCUCGACGCAGAUCCAGUCUCGAUUCGAUUCGAUCCAAACGACUUUUAUACCACGACACGGGGGUUAUUCCAUUUACGCUUCGACGUCGAUCGAGGCACAUUGCCUGCAUGGUCGAGCCACGAACGCUAUUCAUUCGAGAGAUGCGGCGGAUGAAUCGAAUCUGAAUGAUUCGAUUCAAUCGACACCAUGCAUGCAUGCAUGCACUCUCGCGGUUCGAUUCUCGAUCACACGAGCCUCACAAUCGAAAAAUAAAUGGUGGUCUCAUGGUAUUAGCCAGCGAGUAUGGUACAGCUGUAGCAACUAAAGAAUGCGUCGGCGGCAAUUUCCCUGUGAAUCAAAUCAAAUCAAAUCAAAUCAAAUGGCAUUUACAUCCUUUUGCAUGUGGAAGGGAAGAAUGCUACUGGUAGGUAGCUAGUUAUCAUCACAAGUGCAACCACAGCCGCACAUCAAGCUGUUACAGUCAAAGUAGAUUCCAUAGUUACCUUCACAUGGCACCAAUGCCGUACCAGCACACUCGCCAUCGAGGCCACAGAGGGACUCUGGAAACACCCCAGACAAAAGUGGAUUCUCCUCCAAAUUCAAGGUAAAUAGUGACUGUUUCAGUUCUCCAAGUUCUUGAGGCACCACUCCCGAUAAGGAAUUAUUGGAAAGAUUUAACAGACCCAAAGAUGACAUCUUGCCAAAUUCACUUGGUAUGUGGCCGGUGAAGUGGUUAUCUUGCAAAUAAAGGGUCUCCAGAGAAACCAGGUCGGCCAGCUGCACUGGUAUUGUACCAGAGAGCCUACUUUCUUCUAGCUUCAGAGCCAGAUUCAAGGAGGAAAGGCGACCAUAUUCACUUGGUAUAGAGCCAGAAAAGGUAUUCUGGCCUGCGGUAAGCAUUGUGAGCGAUGUUAGGAGCCCCAACUCGCUUGGCAAGGUCCCUAGAAGAGAAUUGUUUUGUAGAGAUAUCGACAAGAUGUUUUGAAGUAGACCAAGCUCACAUGGAACUGUUCCAGUUAGACUGUUGCCUUGAAGUGCAAGCCAUUCAAGGUGUUUCAACCUGCCCAUUUCAGUAGGAAUUGUGCCUUAACGAAACAACAUUGUUAGCCUUUGCUGAUCAUUACCAUCAAACCACAUACGUUUUGCAACAAAAACCUACCAGAGACACCUCCAAAGUCCAUCACGAGCCAUCGGAGCUUGGGGAUGUUGCCAACCUCAGUUGAGAUGGCGCUCUUCAAGUCACCAUUAUUUCCCAAAGAAAGUGAUACCAGGUUGGUUAGCUGCCACAGCUCCGUGGGAACUGAUCCGCUGUGCUCAUUGUCACUGACAAGAACAGUUCUCAGAUUUGUCAGCAUACCAAUUUCUGAAGGUAUAGGCCCUGCAUCGCGCACAAAACUAAUUGAGAUCCCUUGUAACAAGGAAAGCCGUCCAACCUGGGUAGAAA